CCUAUCACCACCACUGUGAACUCUGACUUGGCUGGAUUGUCUUUCGUAAGAGCAGACCGUUAUGAAUGUGGUAGAAUGUGUUUGGUGUUGCCGGCUGUUAUGAAGGCGUGUCUGUGUGUGCAGGUGGUGAUGGAGACGUGUCGGUGGUGUAGGGCAGAAAACGAUGCUGUCCUCACGGCGACCCUGCAGCGCUACUGCACCGGUGGGCUGACACCACGGGACGUACAGGAAGCCGAAACUGACCUCCUCUUAUGCUCAGAGUGCGUGGUGGCAUACCACAAGGCGAGAGAUGGACUACCCUCACUGCACGAGCGUCUCUGGGAGCUGGAGACGACUCGGCUACUCAGAGUUUUCCAGGAAGUGUUGGAGACGGAAAUGGAGGAGGACGACCUGUUCUACGUUGAAAAUGGCGAGGAGCAGCCCGUCAUGAGGUCCACAGAGGAAUUUUGCGACCGGCUCCGACACCCGUUCAUGGAAGUGCUGAAAUUCCCGUACCUGCUGUGCCACCGGGGCCUCUGUGAAACGGUGGUGAGUGUUUUGUGUAAAAUGGACAGUUUGAAGAACCCUCUACAAGCGCUGGAAAAAUAUCAGGGAAUCUACCUGCUCAUGGUACAUCCAAAUGAAACGGUGCGUCGCUGGGCAAUAUCUACUGCUAGGUGGUUGGGCAGGGUGGACAGAGACGGCUAUUAUGAGCUUAAGGAGGUUUUCUCCUGCAUGUUCUAUAUCAUCGAACUGGGAAUCUCUCUGGACUUUCCAGAUGUGGACAACACAUACUGUUCUGGCAAGCUGCAGUGGAUACCCUCACAUCUCUACGACUCCAAAAAUGAGAAGAAUUACUGGCUAGGUAUCUGUAUGUUACUGAUGCAGCUGGACUCCCAGGCAAUGGAUUCGUUGUUUAUGGGCCCAGAAAAACAGGGCAGUAUUCCCCAGUGCAUCAUAAAUACCAUGGCUGAAAGCAGACAAGGGGGAAACAUGGACUCUGAUCCAUUUUGGCCAGCUUUGCACUGCUUCAUGGUCAUUCUAGACCGACUGGGCUCAAAAAUCUGGUGUCAGAUAGAACCAGCAGAUGCCUUCAUAACCAUCACUCAAGCAGCCAGCUACAUAGCUGAAAUUGAAAAUAUCCGUCAGAAAACUUCAGGGACGAUGGUGAAAGAGGAGCCUGAGGAUGAUGACGACAUGAUUUCAUGCAGUCAGAUAGUGUAUGAUUGCUACCCUACAGAGCAAGCAGACAGAUCUUCAGAUUGGUCAUCCAACAGCAGUGAGAACAACAUCAGUGAGAUCUUUGAAGAGAUGGGCUGUCUAGUUAACGUCUUGCAGUCUGAGAUGGGACAAGGCAUGCGUGUCUAUGGUAGCACGUUUCUUUGGUUCAUCCCUUUUGUCCGCUCCGUUAUGGAGCUGGGUGAGCUUGGAAUUGGCUACAUUGAUGAGGUUAUCCACUAUCUGCACAAUAAAGUUAAUAAGGAUGUACUGGCCGGACAAAUGGUCACCUGCGAUAAGGUCACGGAGUUCUUUAUCCGAAUCCUUGUUGAUAUAGUUGAACUGCUCGUCUGUAAGGGUUGUAUGAGAACGCUUUACUAUUGUGCUCCUACAUGGGUGAAGGUGGUAGUGCAAUGUUCUGCACUCGAUGAAACCUGCAGUAACAGAAUCCCAGAUAGGAGGGGUAUGUCUCACAGGGUCACUUCCUUCAAUUUUGGUAGAGGGAACCGAAUAUCUGCAACCGGAGUUGGUGCAAUGAGUCUAGCUUGCAUGAAGCUGAUUCGCUCACUGUUAAGGGAAGGGGAGCGCAUACGCAUGGUCCCCAAAUCUGGCAACUUUCAGGACCUCCUUAACAGGCACUUGCGUGAAAUCCCACCCAGAGUGUGGUGUCUUAGACCGUCAGAAUCUGAAAACCUGCAGAAGUUCCUAACCAAGCUUGUAAAAGCAAUUAUGGAUAGAGUUGCAGUCCCAGCCACUGUUCCUUCUGCUCCGCCAACACCCCCAGCAGAUCCACCAGAAAAUGUAGGAUCUCAUCCAAAUUCCACAUUAAUUGAGCUCAUGCAACAGCCACAAUACAAGGAUGCAGCGGUAGGUACGAGUAGUGCUGAAUCUGCAGUUGAGUUUAUUAAAGAUGAACCACUGUGGGAAUAUGAGAAAGGUCAAGAUGAUUUCUGUGACAACCUUGAAGAUAUUAUUAAGGCAAAGAAGGAACCUAGCAGCCCAGUACAGAUUUCAGAAUUUCAACCUGCUCUAGAUUUGAAUUGCCUGAAGCCAGACUUGGGGAAAAUACAGGAAAUCAGAUCCAGGUUGAAUGACAAUCAGAACCUUUCAAAGAUACAAGCUAUUGCUAGCAGAAGACCUAACAAGAUUGAACAAAAACAAAAUGGAUGCGGUGAUUUAAAAGAGGAGGCACAUGCACCGCAUUUAAGCACCAAUGAUACAACCUCACAACCUACAAUCUCAGACUCUGCCAAGGUACGCAGGCCCUCUAAAAAUAAAUGGGAUGAUGAUGAUGACAACGAAGAUGAACCCCUUGAUGUCCGUAGGAGCCGUCUGAAAAAAUCCCUCGAGUGGUCGUCCAGAGAAUCCGAAGCUGAAGCGAAUGAUGCCAGACAAACAUCGUUGCAGAUUCGUAGUAAUUCAAACUUGACCUCUGACUUGAUCGUCAUUUCAGAUGAUGAAGUUGCUACAAACAAUGUCUUGGAAAAAGACUGUUCUUCAGGCAGUGCAGGCAACCAAGGAACAACUGAACUUUCUUCAGACCCUGAUUUGAAUGAGAGUCCAAGUCGGGCUUAUGAUGCAGAUUUGAGUGAAUCACAGGUAUUUGAGUUUGAAACACAAGACUACGUGGCGUCUGCCUGGGAUGACGCACCUGUUUCUCCAGUCAUGAUCCAGAAGCCCAAAUGUGGCACCAGUUCCAAAGAAUCCCAUAUGGAAGCCAUGACAAGUUGGGUUAGUGAGACUCAGCCGGUCACAGAUGAAGACAUUGAGAAAGCCUGUCAGCAAGUAGAAGAGCAGGUCAGCAAGAGCACGUCAGCAAGAGCAGGUCAGCAAGUAGAAGAGCAGAUCAGUAAAAAGCAGCACCUACAUACUCCAUCUGGCUCAAGCGUGCCUGUGCCGCGCAAGCCCAAUAGUUCUGCUGAAAAGUGGGACAGUUUCGUCCAGCCAAAAUCUUUGCCAUCUCAAAGUCCCACCAAGAAACCUGGUGUGGCUCAUAAAGGUCGGCAUUCCUCAAGCAAAAAAUCUCUUCUUAUUGAACCAUUGGGUCAGAAAAUCAAGAAGCGGCGCAGCUCACUCAACGUUGCAUUACAGGAAACUUCCUCCUCUGUUUCCCCCAAUACAAAUACUUUUUUGACUCCUGCCAUAGUCCCACCAAAGAAGGUACGCAAAGCUGUUGAGCCACAAUCAGUAGCCGAACGUAUGGGGUUAAAAAAGAAGGAGAGGAAAGCAUUUGAUCUCUCUCAGCGCUCCUUGGACACUUUGGGUGAGCUUCGGACCCAUGGCCAAAAAGUGCAUGUGGAACCUCCACAGAAAACCAAAAGGGUCACUCGCAAAAGCAAACCACAACCAAAGCUUACAGGGAAGGGUGGGAAGAAGUUGCUUGCAUCCCAAGACUUGCAGUACUUCAGGCAGAGCCGUGUAAUGCUUCAGAAGUCAAUGCCAACCACUGUUGCACCUCCCAAGCCAGUCAGGAACCCUGUGCCAAAGACUCUUCCCAAACUGAAAUGUGCAGUUGAAAAUGUGGAAGAGCCUGAAGCUGAGGAGGACGAGGAGGAUGAUUAUCAGAGUUUCCUUCCCUGCUCUCAGCCUGAUCCUGCCCGAAGAACUGUCCAGAUGGUCACACAAGCCAAGAGUAGUGCGAUUGAAUUCAGUGGAGCAAAAAGUGUAUCUUUUGAUGUCAAAUGCAGUGAGUCUGGUUUUCAUCAGGACAAUAAAGUUGUUGAUGAAAAUGCUGCUUCCACAGAAGAAUGUACUGAAACAGAAAGGGAAGGUGGUUGUGUUGAUGACGAGUGGAUGUACCUCACACAGAAUGAACCCACAGACAUGGAGUUAUGUUCUCAAAUGGAGCAAAUGGAAGCAUUUGGUGAGAACACGCAACGAGAACCUGUGGACAUGGACAUUGAUGCAGACAACCAGUCAGAUACUUCUGUGAACAGCACAGAUGUGCAGCCUAAGCAUUUAUCUGCCACAAUGUCCCAAAGGGCAUCUUCUGCCACGUCCACUCACAACUCUGUAAAUGACACUGAGAUAUUCUUAAAGCCUAGCAUGCCUCUGUUGCAGAAAAAAGCAAAGCCUUCCACAACAAAAAUAUAUGCAGCCAGUUCCCGCAGUGCCUCUUUGGUUGUAGAGAUGGAGAAAACAGUCAAGCCCCCGCCAGCUGCUAACGUCAUUAAGGCUAAGGUUGCACGUCCAUCACCAGCAAUGCCACCACUGCCAACUCCACCACCAAAAGCUAUACCAAAAGCUGUACCAAAAGCCACACCACAACCUGAAUUUCGCCAACCUCUGCCCCGCCCUCCACAUCCUUCAAACAAGCCACUCAAGUCAGUUGUCCCUCAUAACAUAGCUUCCCAUCCACCUUCCUACAAAACCUACUCCAGACCAGAAGAUCCUGUCUCAGUACCGAGGACAACAGUGGACCAGCCUCAGAGGUAUGACCAAUCCAUUUUGAUACAAGCAAUUCUGAAGUGGGAGUACCGCAUGUUCGAGAACUAUGAAACUUUUGGGACACCCAGCAGCUUGUGUCCAUCACCCCAGGAAGUGCCAACACGGUUCUCUAGCUACGAAGAGUACUUCAAAAUCAUGUACCCACUUCUUCUCAUCAAUGCAUUUGAUGAGAUGGCCAGUGAAUGGCUUAGGAGUGGUAGGAUCGUUCUUGACCUCAAGGUUCAGGGAUUUGAGUACAGCAAUCGCACUGCCACUGCCAGCUUCACAGCAAGCCUGAACUCUCAGCAGGAGAUGAGGCAGUUAUAUCCUAAGGACGACGAUCUGGUCUUGCUGUGGCUGCCGGAGAACACUGGAGCGUAUGCCAACGAUGAAUCUGACUUCCAUGACCUGCAUGCCCAUUUUGGCUGUGUUUCGCGAUCAAAUGUCAUCAGCAAUGGUGGAGGUCAGCCCGCGACGUUAAACCUGACCAUUCAGACGCAGGGGAAUGUGUCAUCCGUCAACACUCAGCCUGUGCGCUGCGAGGUGAUUGGCUCUCUGAUCAGCACGCUGCGGGAGUUCAGAGCACUGUGUUUGCUGCGGAGUGGGAUAAUGGCCCGUCCACAUAUCCUUCUCACUCCACAUGUCUCAGUCUUCACGCCCAGCCAAGAGGGCCUGCCAGACCUCGACAUGCCUGAGUACAAUGUGGACCAGGCGAAGGCAAUCAGGUGUGGUGUUGCCAUGGUGAGGAGGCAGCAGAGGAAUCCAAAAAUAUUGUUAAUUCAUGGCCCUCCAGGAACUGGCAAGAGCAAGGCCAUAGUUGGCCUUCUGCAGAGGCUUUUCUCUGAUCACAAUGAGAAUGCUGCAGUGAACCGCCAGAGUAAGUCCCACAGGAUGAGAGUUCUGCUCUGUGCUCCGUCCAACGCUGCCAUUGACAGCUUGAUGAAGAAGGUCAUCGUCGUCUUCAAAGAGAAGUGCAGGAACAUCCACACUCCGCAAGGGAACUGUGGGGACAUUAAGCUGGUGCGACUGGGCAGUGAGAAGACCAUCUCUAAAGAACUGACAGCCUUCAGCCUCGACAGCCAGACUGCCAAGAAAACACAAAUGCAUGCAGAUUCUGACGUACAGAGGCAAAAGCAAAAACUGGACCAGAUUAUUGAGAAUCUCUCUCGGCAGUGUGCCAGGACUCAGAAACAGUCCCCCGAGUUUAAGCAGUUGAUGGACAGGAAACAGCAAUGUCUGUCAGAGAGAGAGAAACUCAGCCGACAGUCAAAAGAGUUCCGCAGUAAAAGGCAGGAAGUUCAGGCUGGUCUUCUUCGAGAUGCUCACGUCAUCUGCUGCACUCUAAGCACCAGUGGAAGCACCGUCCUCGAGUUUGCCUUCCGUCGCCUCGGACACGAACCCUUCAGCUGCGUCAUCGUCGACGAGGCAGGGCAGGCUAAAGAAACAGAGACCCUAAUUCCUCUGCUCCAUCGAUGCCCCUCCUUCAUUCUGGUGGGUGAUCCUGAGCAGCUCCCGCCCACCGUUGUCUCCCAGAAAGCAAAAGAGCUUGGCUAUGACCAGUCUCUGAUGGCACGGUUAUGUAAGAGCCUUCAUCAGUCGAACCCUUCCCCCAGCAUCUUCCUCAGCAUCCAGUACCGAAUGCACCCCGACAUCUGCGAGUUCCCUUCCAAGUACAUCUACAACAAAAACCUGAAAAAUGACUGUGAGACGGCUCAGAAGCGGUGUUCGUUCAGCUGGCCGUUUGAGCCCUACAGGGUGUUUGAUGUCACCGAUGGAAGAGAGAGCAAAGAAAAAGAUUCGUUCUAUAACGUGAAGGAGGUGAAGCUGGUGCUGAUGCUUCUGAAGCUGAUUGGUGAGAAGCAGGCAGUGCGUGUGGGUGUCAUUACCCCCUAUAAUGCCCAGAAGCAGCGCAUCCUGGAGGCUGUCAACAAGGAGUCGAGCAGAGCAGACAGCAAAUUUCCUCAGGUGGAUGUGGACACGGUGGAUGGGUUCCAGGGCCGAGAGAUGGACUGUGUUAUUGUGUCCUGUGUCAGAGCCAGCAGUGAAGCAGGCUCUAUUGGGUUUGUUGCAAAUCGUCAGAGGAUGAACGUAACAAUCACCAGAGCCAAAUACAGUCUGUUCAUCCUGGGACAUCUCCACACCCUGAGGGAGCAGAGUGGUGAUUGGGGGGCUCUGAUAAAGGACGCAGCAUGUAGAGGUACCAUAAUAAAAACUCAGGAGCGACAUUUCCGUGAGGCCACCACUAAGAUCCUGAAGCCGGACCUGCUCUCUCGCAGCCACUCUCACCCCCCCACAGCUCGACGACAUGGCAACCCCACCUCGCCCCCACAGCCCACACACAUCCCCAUGGAAACGGCCCCUGCCCCUGUCUCCGCCACCCACCUUUCCUUGACCACCAGCGGCCUGAUGGCCCGUACUGACAGGCCCAGAGACCCCCGACUGUCCACUAGGCCUUCAGACCCUCGCUUACAGGAGCCGAUCAGAGACCACAGACAACACAGAGAGAGGCGGAGCCCCGCCAACCAACAGCAGCACCCCCCUGCACCACACCUGCACAGAGACUCCUACCGCCGCAUUUCGGUUCCUCAGCCCCACUCAAGCUCCGCCCACUCCUCUCGAUCGCCGCGGAGACGAAGCCACGAGCGUCACUGUUCUCCCUCACCAAACAGAAGAUAUAAAAGAUAGUCUAAAUAAUUCCUUGGUGUUUUUUUAAUUCAUUAAUAUAUAUAUAUAUUUUUUUUUACAUUAAGAACUUUCCUCCUGUUCUCCAGAACCAUAGUCCACAUUCACAAGAUCUGUUUCUGGAUCAGUUUUCUGACAUUUUCUUGGGUCAGUGAUCCUAUUAAUAGACCUAAAGAGGAAAUCCACUGACUUUCAAAAUCAAUACAUAAUUCAGUCAUUUGAGAUGAAAACAGUCAUUCAGAUGUCUUUACAGUGGUGGUGAUGGGAACCAGGGGUCACCGUGACUACAACACAAAUAUAGCCAUAUAGCCAUUUUAUUUACCAUCUAGAACCACCAGUGAACCUACAUGUGUCUUCUUAGUUUUAUAAGGAAUGUUGAUGAUGGUAAAUCUGAAACAGGUCUUCUGUGGAAAAGCUUGCUGUGAGGGAGCUUUUAGAGGUGGACGCCUGGUUCCUGUCACCACCACUGAGAACAAGUCUGACUCUAGAUUUUCUAGAAUGCAGCAUUUCAUACCAAACCACUCUGAAUGACUGUCACGUUACCUGGCAACAAAAAUCCGGCAUACAUUUUAACGGGUGAACAACCUGUUAAAAUAACAGGAAACUAUUAAACUGAAAAAACUGCUGUGCACUUCUAGCUUUAUUCCCCCCUUUUUUAUGUGGCUCAUGUCCCUUUUGUGGAAGAUCUAAAAAAUUUUAUUGUCAGUAUUUAUUCUGUGAGUGCUCGAUUACAGAAAGGGCUGAUGGAAGGAGUUUUCUCUUUGCUUGUAUGUCAUUUUUAAUAUUUUGAAUUAAUAACUGCUUGACAUGGAGAAGUAGCCAUAGUUUACUUUCAACUGGAAAAGCUAAUGCUGUUUUCUUGAUGUCAUUGAGUUUCUGGGAGGAACUACUUUCUAAAAAAAAAAAAAUAAUUUUUGACUGUGGCAGAAAAACUGUAGAGGUGUCGAUAUUGUACAGUUGGAACAAAAUAUAUUCAUGUUUUCUUUGUUAAUAUUUUAUACUUAUAUUUUUACCGUGCUGUACACAAAGUUUGGUACUGACGCACUUCUGUUUGCUUUAUUUCUUUUCGCCGAUUGUGGACAUGGAGCAGACAAAGCUUCCCUGACUGUAGCUUAAGAGGAAAAUCGCAAACCAAGCUGCUUUUGAUGGUUAUUGAUUGUAAUACAGUGAGGAACCACAAGAGGCUGCUAUAGCUCAAUUAUAAUGAACGUCCUGAAUCAGUCACUCGGGACCAGACAGGCCAGUGAAUCUGCGUCUUCAUAUGGGACCCCCAGGUACUGCAGUGUUUUUCCCCCCUCUAACAUGCCUGUGUGCUGCCAAAUGGUUUGAUGUGUGUGUUAAGAUGUAAAUGGGGUUCCCAGAGACAGUUGCCAAUACAAAUGAGGCACAUUGAUUUUCCUGAGCUACCAUUUUAAUAAUGUGGUUGUUUCUCAUGGUGCCCAGGUUUAGUUUGGUAGUCGAAGAUCUGCAAGAACUAAAUAUCCAUCAGUUCUGUACUAUCAACACCUCUCACACACUGCUCAACACGGCAUACCUGUUGAUGCCUCGGCUGUAAUAAAUUUCCUUGAAUUCCUGA